UCAAGAAAAAAGAAAAACUUCGAUAAAACCAACCCGAAACUCACUCAAAUUCUAGGGGAAAAUGGAAGGGCAAUUAUUCCAUUGGGAUAUGAAGAACAAAGUUAUAUCAAGAACAUCUUCAAUUGGUUGUUCUUCUCAUAGCAUUUAUUACUCUGGAACAGCUAAUCAAGGAGUCCCUUUCAAAUGGGAAACACAGCCAGGAACUCCCAAAGAUCCUCCCCCUCAAGACUUGCUUCCACCUCUCAGCCCUCCGCCUGCGGUUCUCAGCCUCGGGGUACCAAAACCAGCUUGCAUCGAUCAACCAAAAUCUCGAUCCCUACCUCGGAUGAGGCUUAGGUUUUGGAAGAAGAUCAUGAAGAGUAGGGAUGGUGGGAGAGCUGCUCAAACAACUCCUAUAGAUCACUAUAAUGAUAAGUUGGAAACCUUUUCAUUUCUUAGUUCUGAUUGUGAGUUCAUGGCGUCUCCUAGUCCUCGGGACCCAAUGUCGUCGUCUUCGACGUCGUCGUCUUCUUCAUCACCAUCAUCUUUCAUCGAUUCAUUAAACGUGGGAAAUACGCAGAAGGUUUCAUUUGGAAGGCCUUCAAGUUGGAAUAAUGCUUGGCAAAUUAAUAGAAUGCUGGUUUGUUAUCAUUCCUAAGAGGAUUUUAGUGUACUGUUCUUAAGUUUAAUAUAUAUGAUAUCAAUUAA